AGAAGCGGAUGGUGCGUUGUAAGAGAACGAGUGAGGGUUUAGUUGAAUUUCUUCACGUAAAUUCAUGGUAUUUUCGUGAAAAAAGGUUGUGCAUUUCUUAAUGAUCUUGAUUGAUUUUGAGGUUUUCAAAUAAGGGUAUUGUAAUUUGAUGUGCUUUUUUUAAAUGAGUCGUUUAGGGUUUAAUAAAUCGGUGGUUUACCAUGGGGAAACUUGUUUGGGUGAAUUGGAUGUGAUUCCAACAGGGGAUAAGAGUUUUCAAUUCCCAAACAACGAGAUUAGGAUUCACCAUUUUUCUCAGGUUAGCGAACGAUGUCCACCUCUUUCAGUUCUCUUGACAAUCUCUUCGUUCUCAGUUCGUUGCAAGCUUGAAUCGUCAUCCCCUGUUAGACAAUCCCUGCUCAUCGAUCUUCACGCUUCUUGCUUCUACGAACUAAAGACGGCUGUAGUUGUGCUUGGAGAUGAAGAGGUGCAUUUAGUGGCAAUGCCAAGCAAGCUAAAGAAAUUUCCUUGUUUUUGGUGUUGUUUGGUUCCAGCUCAAUUGUACAAUGCUUGCUUAGGGAUGUUGAACAUGCGGUGUCUUUCCAUUGUGUUUGAUCUUGAUGAGACACUUAUUGUUGCAAAUACGAUGAAGUCUUUUGAGGAUAGGAUUGAGGUUUUGACUGGUUGGAUUGGGCAGGAGUCUGACCCCCUUCGGGUUUCUGGGAUGACUUCUGAGCUCAAAAGAUAUGUGGAGGAUCGAGAAUUAUUGAAGCAGUACAUUGAAAAUGAUGCUGUUACAGAUGAUGGGCAGACAUAUGGUGUGAAACUGGAGGGAGUUCCUAUGAAUGCUGCUGGUAACGAGCGUGUUGUUCGACCAGUUAUAAGAUUGCCAGAAAAAAAUAUCGUCUUAACCCGCAUUAAUCCAGAGAUACGUGAUACCAGUGUGCUUGUGAGGUUACGACCUGCUUGGGAGGAUUUGCGAAGCUAUUUGAUUGCUAAAGGACGCAAAAGAUUUGAAGUUUAUGUCUGCACGAUGGCUGAGAGAGAUUAUGCACUGGAGAUGUGGAGGUUGCUAGACCCGGAAGCACACCUAAUCGGUCCAAAGCAACUGUUGAGUCGUGUUGUAUGUGUAAAAUCAGGUGCACGUAAGUCCUUGCUCAAUGUCUUCCAAGAUCGGAACUGCCAUCCAAGGAUGGCAAUGGUAAUUGAUGAUAGGUUGAAGGUUUGGGAAGAAAAGGAUCAACCUCGAGUUCAUGUGGUACCUGCCUUCACUCCAUAUUAUGCUCCACAAGCAGAGACAGCGAAUGCUGUUCCAGUUCUUUGUGUGGCAAGGAAUGUUGCAUGCAAUGUUAGAGGUGGUUUCUUUAAAGAAUUUGAUGAGAAUCUACUACGGAGGCUUUCUGAUCACUUCUACGAGGAUGAAGUUUUAAAUCUACCGUCUGUGCCAGAUGUUUGCAAGUAUUUAAUGUCAGAGGAUGCUAGUUUCAUACCAAAUGGCAAUAUACAUGCCCCCAUGGCUGAAGGAAUGAAUGGUCCUGAAGUGGCACUGAAACUGAAUCAACAGGAUGCUAGAAACGUUGCCUCUUCUGCAUCAAAUCUCAGUACUACUGGCGUCGAGCUAAAACCUGAAAAACCUCAGCAGCAUGUUCCAACUACAAAUAUCUAUGGUCCACCAUCUUUUAGAUCAAUCUUUCCUUCAGAGAAACCUAGCUUACUUGGCCCCAUCCAAGGACCUGAACUAUUAAACAAACAGCGAGCUGGCCACUAUCCUCUCUCUCAUGGUACAUCUAGUUCUUUCUCUGCAGGGUUUCAACCUCUCGUAUCUGAAGGAAAGAGUGAAGAGGUAUUCCAUGGAUAUGGAUUGCAAAAGAAGAACUUGCCACAAGCAGGUCAGCUGUCAGGUGUACGACAGAAUCAAUCAUUCUAUAAUAGCAAAAAGAUUCCUACUGAUGGUGGAAAUUCAAACUUGCCACCUUCUUUAUCCAUAGGAGUGCUGCAGGAAAUUGGACAAAGAUGCGGUUCUAAGGUUGAAUACAGAUCCAUAUUGAGCUCUAGCAAGGAUUGGCAGUUUUCUUAUGAGGUCUUAUUCACGGGUGAGAAAGUAGGUAUUGGGAUGGGUAAGACACGAAAGGAUGCACAACAACAGGCUGCUGAGAAUGCCCUUCGCAGCUUGGCUGAUAAAUAUGUAACGUACGUCAUCUCGCAGUCUGAAACAGUAGACAAAGAUUUUGGCGACCUUUCUAUUGAAUCAGAAAAUGGAUUUUUAUGGGAAACAACCGUUCCUGAUUCAGAUGAAUCACUUGCCAAAGAUGGGUUGUUUGUUGAGAGCUCCUCUGAGGGUGCUGAAAUGAGGCGUUCCUCCAAUUUGACAGGUCACCAAGUUCAGAAGCAAGCUAACUCUCCAAGGUUACCAGAAUCUACGACAACUAAACGGUCAAAAGAAGAAUUACUUCAAAAUCCUUUAGAUUCAUCAUCUUCACAGCAGCAGCAGCAGCUCAAGAAACGACAUAGAGUUGUGUGAAAGACAUUCAAAAAACGUACAAAAUAUUCAAAAUGAUGAAAUGGGUUUUGAAUCGAAGAUUUUGAGGUGGCAGCAGCAGCAGCAGCUACAUAGAAACGACAAGAUGUUAGUGGAUGUUGAUACGAAAAGCGGUGUAAAGAUGAUCAUGGAGGGUUAGGAUUUAUUGUUUUCUGUUGUUAUCGAUAGCAAACUCGCAAGUAUUGGUUGGUUGAUGGCAGCCAUGGUCAGUUUUGGUCAGCCCCCUAGAGCAAAAGGUAAGGUUUGGGCUUGUAAAUUGCUUCUUGUUUGUGGAUUUAGAAUAGAGAAAAAAGAAGUUUUAGUUCUUUAAGUUCAUUAAAAUUUCAGCAUAUA